AUGAAUGUGAUCAAACAUGAUACUCCUAAUUUAGAUGAAUUAAUUUAUCAAUGUCAUGCUUUGGUAGACCUUCCAACUAAUUCUGAAAAACAAUCCUCUUCAAAAUUAUCAAAGAAAAAUUCAAAAUCAAAAUCUCCUUUUAGUAAAUCUCCUCCAAAUGAUGAUGACCUUCCAACUUCUCCAUUAAGUCAAACAAGUUUAAUAGGCGAAGCAUUAAAUCAACAAAUCGUGGUUGAGAUGUCACGAGAACGAAUUGUGGAACCUGCUUAUAUGCAUGCUUAUAUAAAUCCUCACGUAUCUCAUAGAAAUAACUUAAAAUCUCCUACUCCAAGUGAUAGACCUUUUAGUCUUAAUUCGGAUUUGUUAGCUCCAUUACCAAGUCCAAAUUCGGAAUUUGCUGCUGAUGCUGCUAAUAAUAAAAUUAGGAGUAAUAAUAAUCAAGGAAAAUCUUUAUUUUUCCAAAAUAAUAAUCAAAAAAUAGCGCCAGAUAAUGAGGAAAUAGUGAACGGUGCACCAUCAAAUCAAAGUCACAUGAACAGAACAAACCGAUAUGCUAAAGAUCAAAAUUUUGUUAGCAUUAAUGUCAUUGAACAAAAUGAUCUUGAAAAUGUUAACCAAAAUAAUCUUGGAAAUGUUAAACAAAAUAAUCCUGGAAAUGUUAAACAAAAUAAUCUUGAAAAUGUUAAACAAAAUAAUCCUGGAAAUGUUAAAGGGGAUCAAUAUAAUCAGAAGGACAGAACUGAUGUUAAUAAUGUUAUUGAUACUGACAUAAGGAAUAAUAUUGGUAAACAGAAUUACAAUAAUGAAUUCUUGAGUCCACCAAAGAUUGAAAAGAAACAUAAAAAGGGCAUUGUUCAAAAUUCCUCAUAA